AUGAACAGUCAGUGGAUUAAACCAGUACGGUCAGGGUCAUAUUCCGUCCAUAAAUUGGAAAAGAGGACUCUCACGGAACCAACACUCCUGCUUAAACCUUUUGUUAGGGACACAGAUGAACCCAACGACGGCACCUGGACAUGUCCUGUGCCCAUCCGUGCGUCGGCUGAAAGAACGAAGCAGUUUAAUUGGGAACGGCCAAAAGCUGAACGGAAGGCUUUAGUAGAAUCAGCUUCAAAAUAUCAGGCGAUAUACCUGCAGAAACUGUUGAAAGAGAAAGACAAGGAGAUGAAAUUGAUAACCAACCAAUUGAUUAAAUCGAACAAGGAAAAUGUAGCUUUAUUGAAGGAACUCGAGGGGUAUAGAGGAAAGAACUAUGACGAGCUUUAUAAAGAAAAUAUCACGUUAAAGGAACAGAUAGCCCGUGCCUGUAGAGAGAAUGUACUGCUUGCUGGACAGUUGAAGAAAGACAACAACAGAACCCUACAGAAGCUGAACUCAGUCAGAACAGUGGCAUAAUAGAAACUCAAACAUACUACGGAACUGUAAUACAGUGACUAAACUAGA